AUGUUGCUUCCAGAGUUCCGUCGAUUCCAGGAACAGACCCUGAGCCGGUUAGACCUUCUGAACCAAAUGUCUAAUGUGUCGACCUCCCUAGAGGUCAGAGUUCAGACCCUGUCUGACCAACACAGAAACCUCACCCAGGAACUAACACAACUCAGAGACACCACCACACAGGAGCUGGACGUCCUGAAUGACCGCAGCAGUAAACUACAGAAGAAGAACAAGAGGAUGGAGGGAAGACUGGCCUCGCUGGAGAGAGGACUGAGACACAGACAGGGACAGGGCAGCAGGCAGACCCAGAGACUGAGUCAGGAGCAGGGAGAGUCUCUCUCCAGCCUCACCCUGGAGCUCCAAGGCCAGGAGGGUCGUCUCGACUCCCUGGAGGCCCAGCGAGAGGAGCUUCUGGUCGGGCUGAGAGGUCUCCAGGAGUCCCUGAGGGAGCAGGAUCUCCGGAUGAGCCGGCUCGAAGGGAGGCUGGGGGAGCUUUUACAGGGGAAUGUAAUCUCUUCCAGGGGAUCAGAAAGGACAGGAGACCCCCUCACCUCCAACCUCACCCCCCAGGACACAGCACCCCCACGGAGGACCCAGGCCUCCAGAGGACAGAGCCCAAGACAGGACACCCAGACAUAUUACCAGCCCCAGCCUCAGGCUAACAUUCAGCCUCAGCCCUACUCUCAGCCCCAUCCCAAACCCAAUUUCCAGCCAAAACACACCAAAGACAGGAGGAUGAGGACAAGACUACAGCCUCCACCUCCCCACCCCACACAGCCUCCUUCUGAGUCCCAGGAGGAGAGGAAGAGGCUGGGGGAGAGAGGACAGGAGAGCCCCCGGCCUGGUCGUCCUCAACAGGGGCCAAAACCACAGUCUGUGGAGGAGACGAGAGAGGAGGGAGAGAUGGAGAGGAGGAGGGGGGAUGAGGUGUGGAGGAGGAGUGAAGUGACGCGGACAGAGAUGAGGAGGGGAGAGGAAGAGCGGACAGAGAGGAGGAGGGGAGAGGAAGAGCGGACACAGAGGAGGAAGGAAGAGGAAGAGCGGACAGGGAGGAGGAAGGAAGAGGAAGAGCGGACAGAGAGGAGGAAGGAAGAGGAAGAGCGGACAGAGAGGAGGAAGGAAGAGGAAGCACAGACAAAGAGGAGGAAGGAAGAGGAGGAGAUGAAAGGAGAGGAAUCACAAAUCCAGAAUCUUCUCCAGCUUCCAGUGAGACACAAGAUCCCUCUGCAGCACAUCCCCAGGACAGAAGCCACCAUCUGUAACGUGGACUCCAUGCUCCUGUUCCCGUCAGCUUCCUCUGAGAACUACGUCACCUUCUCCCGGAGCUUCCCUGCUCUUCCAGAACUCUCCGUGUGCCUGUGGCUCCGCGUCGACGUCGGGUACGUAGGAACGCUCCUCUCUUACGCCACGGAAGACAACGACAACAAACUAGUCCUAUACGGACGCAACUCCUCCUCCUCCUCUUCCUCCACCUCCAGCCGAGCAACCCUGGACUUCGUGGUGGGAGACCCUGCGUACCGUGAGCUCCCUGUGGACUCUGUGCUGGACGGGUGCUGGCACCACCUCUGUGUCCUCUGGUCCUCUAUCCAGGGACGAUUCUGGCACUACACCGACCGGCGCCUGACCUCUGCAGGGUCACGGUUCAGGAAGGGUUACGAGGUGCCGGGAGGGGGGAUAGUGGUGCUGGGAGCAGAGCAGGACAGCCAGGGGGGAGGGUUUGAUCCCACCGAGGGGUUCGUGGGGCGCCUGGCGGGGUUCACCGUGUGGGACCGGGUGUUGAGUCCUGGGGAGGUGACGGGGGUGGCUACGGGGAGGGGGGUACCCCGGGGGGUGGUGCUUGAGUUGGGGGACGUUGACGGAGUUCAUGGGGAGGUGCAGCAGGUAGCCUGCGAGUGCCUGGAACACUGUAGCUGAGACGUCUGAUUCCAAACCGACCCUCAUCCCUCGUCCCUCGUCCCUCAUCCCAAACCCACCCUGACCGCUCGUCCCUCAUCCCUCGUCCCUCAUCCCAAACCAACCCUGACCGCUCGUCCCUCAUCCCUCGUCCCUCAUCCCAAACCGACCCUGACCGCUCGUCCCUCAUCCCUCGUCCCUCAUCCCAAACCGACCCUGACCGCUCGUCCCUCAUCCCUCGUCCCUAUAGGCUCCUAGAUCUACAAUGUGGUCCUUUAGGGCAGAGUGGGCUGGUUUUUACUCCUCUGUACUUGAUUGAUCAAUUAAGGUAAUUGAUUUCCCCUCACCUGGUUGUCUAGGUCUUAACUGUGCGUCAAUUAAAAAUAAAUAAUAACAAAUAACAGCAACCAGCCUGGGGGGUUGACUUGGGAUUCAGCUGUCGAAAUGUUUUAAUAUCAAUCAAUUAACUACCAUGGAGAAUGAAGACCGGCAGAACUGCCCUUCGGACUUAAUGGGGACCUGGAUUGAAAGAGGAACCCUAACACUUCUCUAACCUUAAACAGUGCCACUGACACACUGUAAAAUGAGCAUGUGAAUGAAAGCCAUCAAUUAUUACUUAAAGCAAUGUUGUUAUAUGGCUAAACAAAGACUAUUUCAUAUCAUAUAUAUUGUUACCCAGCAACAGACAGAGAGAGAGACAGACUUCCAGACAGAGAGAUAGACUUAGACUGAGAGAGAGGCAGACAGACAGACACAGACAUACAGAGGCAGACAGAGAGACAGACAGAGAGACAGACAGACACGGACAGACAGACAGACAGAGAGAC